CAGGUGUGGUUCGGGUGGAUUAUGGGGAUGUUUCAUCUCGGAAGGCCUUGAGGGAAACUCUGAAGUGUAAACCCUUCUCAUGGUACCUGGAGAACAUCUACCCUGAUUCUCAGAUUCCACGCAGAUAUUACUCACUCGGGGAGAUCAGAAAUGUUGAGACAAAUCAGUGUGUGGAUAACAUGGGCCGUAAAGAGAAUGAAAAGGUUGGCUUCUUCAACUGCCAUGGAAUGGGCGGCAACCAGGUGUUCUCAUAUACUGCUGAUAAAGAGAUCCGUACUGAUGACCUGUGUCUGGAUGCAUCGCGGCUUAAUGGACCUGUUGUUAUGCUGAAGUGCCACCACAUGAAAGGAAACCAGAUGUUUGAAUACGAUGCAGAGUAUGUUGGCAAAUGGGAGUAUGACUUUAAGAAACGCACCUUCCUCCACAUCAUCACCCAGUCGUGUCUAACCAUCAGUCGGCUGGAGGAUGGAACGUACGGCCCAACCGUGGAGUACUGUGAUGAUAGUCCCCUUCAGGCCUGGACCCUGCGCAACUUCACCAGACAGGAGGUCUUUAAGAAGCUCUACUACAGUCCAACUGAUUACUUUCUGUAAUUACCAGAACGUCCUGUUGAUGGCAGCGGCUGACUCUGCUCCAUGUGAACAGUAACCAGUGUCUCGACAUGCCUUCUGAAGAGGAUAAGAUGGUUCCCACUCUCAGAGACUGUAGCGGCAGGCGCUCACAGCAGUGGAUCCUGAGGAAUAUGACGCUAAGUGUCUGACAGAGCCGGCAACAUCCAUUUCAGACCUGAAUCUCGGCACUCACCACACAACACGAGUCCUGGAGUCAGGUUUAUGGCCUUCUUCACAGCUCUGUGAAUUGUCAUUUGCUGGUUCAUGAUCAAGUCCAGCCAUGCUUUGAUCAGAAGAACAACUCACAGCCCAUUUACUGACCCAAUUGUGGCAAGGCUUGUGUCUCUGUUCAUGUCUGGACUGCAUCCUUCAACUCUCAGAUUCACUGGUCUAGGGUCAGAUCACAGCCAUUGUCCAGCUUGGCGAGGUUUAAAUGCAUGCUGUCUCUGAUCUGUGUCACUGGCUAUCUAUGCUGCUCAUCAUCUGUGGGAGUUAUGGUGCCUCUUAAUAUCCUACACGUCAUGUCUUUUACAGUAGCCUAUAUGUUUCUUUAGAGAUGGAAUGAUUGUGUCAGCCUCCUCUGUGCUGAAGUGCAUUUAGCACUAGGCAGAAUCUUCAGCUCCACUUUCUUUAAAGCACUUGAAGGUAUUGUGUGUUGGUCAGUGGAUUAUACAUAUUACUCGCUGCUGUUUCUCAAAACUAUCUUUAUCUCUUUCAGUGAGGCUGCAAUAUAUACUUGACCUGCCUUAAGGAAACUUGACCAGAAAAGCAUGUAGAAAAAAAAAAAAAAAAAGAAAAAAAAAACGCAGAACCAAACAUAUCCAGAUAUUCAAGGGAAGAUUUUUAUUUUUAAAAAAGCAGCUCAUUUUGAAGUUGCAUUUCAUCUUAAUAUAUAUUAAAUAGUUCAUGUGAUUUAUGGGUGUAUGAUUUAUCUGUGUUUUAUGUAGUUUAUCUAAAUUUAGUUAGAUAAUAAGAUAUUGGAAAUUGCACAGGGAAUGCAAAAAUUCAAACUUGUUGUUUGAAAAGAAACAUUUCAUUAUUUCUACACAUUUAAUCAUGUUAUCAUGUGCAAAAAGAAAAAAAGUGGCUUCAUAUUUAACCCCAAAACAAAUGACCAGGACAUUUCUGUUUUCAGGGUAUUUACUUAUCAAGUCCAUUUUAUUUUGAUCAAACAUUUCAAAUGUAGUGAUUGUGUGUCUACAUUUGGUAAUGUGCUACCAUUUGUGUAUACCAAUCAUGGGAGAAUUGUAGGAAGCAACAUCUCACAGGGAAAACUAAAACAAAUCAUUUGAAGCUUCAUAAACACAGGUGUGACUGAUGGAUGGUCCUGGACACUGAACUGUACAAAUUAUGAACUAGGCCUUUUAAGCAUUGAUGUACAUAUUAAAGCAAAUAUUUUUUUAAGAUUAAAUCUAAAAACUCCAGUGGAAAAAUCGAUACUGCUGUAAUACUGCUUGGUGUAUAUAAAAUGUUUGGAAAAUACUGUACAGCUUUAUUCCACUGCUCCUAUAUGUGCACAUCUAAUGCAUACAGUUUGUAUUGUCAAUGUUAUAUCGAUGUCUGUUUAACACACACACACACACACACACACAUUUAAUUUUAAUAAUAUUGAUUCUUGAAUUGGGGGUUUAAUGGUUUUGUGUACAUGCUCACAAUUGAGAGGGGUAUCAUACAAUUAUAUGUCAAUGAUUAAUAUGAGCUAUCGCAUGCAUGGUACAGUCUGUACAUUCAUGUAUUUUUUUUAUCUUCAUAAAAGCGGAAAAUAUGUGACUUUGUAAUCGACUUAAUGUUAACUGUUUUGUACUUUUUUUGUCACAGCUUUUUCUCUCAACUAAACUCAUGUUUAACAGAUUAAUAUAACUGCUAACUGUAAUAAACCAUUGUUGAUAAAUGUAUCACCUUCUUAUUAAUAAGUUAAGCAAAGCGAAACUACUACGUCUGUGGGUGUCUCUUUUUUAAUAACCCAGAUGUGUGUGUGUAUAUAUAUAUAUAGUAUAUAAAGGAAGUAUCUGGACUAGGUUAUCCAUUGUGGUUUGUAAGUUAUCUACUGUAAGUGGAUUCUGAAAUGAAGAGAAAUGGAUACGUCACCAAAAUGGAACUAUAAUUUGUAUAGUUCUAAUUCAGUCAAGUCACCUUUAUUUAUAUUGAGCUUUGUACAAUUGUUUCAAAGUUUUACACAGAUAACAGGAUAAUGUUGUUCAGCUGAAGUCAUUUCAGUGCUGUUUCAGUUUCGUUGUAAAUAUCAUCUAUUAAAUUAGUUCAUUUCAUCUAUAAAGCAGUUCUGCAAAAAAAAAAAAAAAAAAAAAAAAAAUCAUCCAGCUCAGUUCAGUUGUCAUACAGCAGCGCCAGUACAGUCGGAUCAAUAAUAUCAUAAAAUAUUACGUCUCCCAAAUUAAGCAAGCCAUAAAAAACUAGGGGUAAACCAGGAUCAGUCAGGUGACCACACUGACCUGACUUAACCUCAGGAUAAGGAUAUGGCAGACAGACUAAUAUAAGUUUAGAUGCCAUCUUCUUAUGAUGUAACAAGUAGAUCAGGUGUUAUUGGAAGCGUUCCUGAUUUGAACUGCUUUUGAAUAAUAUAAAUUAACAAUGUGCUAUAUGCCAGGUUAAAGAGAUGGGGUUUUAGUCUAGAUUCAAACUGACAAGAGUCACAAGACUCAAACUUAAUCUAGAUCUAAAUCUUAGUCUAGAUUCAAACUGACAAGAGUGCUUCCUGAAUAAUGCUAGGAAGACUAUUCCAGAGUAGAAAAAUUAUCUACCGCUUGCAGAUUUUGACAUUCUAGGUAUUAUCCAACAGGCCAGAAUUUUAAGAUUGCAAUAGACAUGAAAAUCUAUAAUGUGACAAGAGCUCACUCAAGUACUGAGGAGCUAGACCAUUUUGUGUUUUUU